AUGAUCAGUCCUUCUCUGAUGAGGCUGCCAAGUCUCAUCUACCGGCUGGCCAGAUUUCAAGCGUUCGAGGCGUCUUUCGACCCUGCAGAUUUGGCAGAGGCUAGAAAGUGGCGACAAAGUGUCAGCGAGGCUUCGCUCCCUAGGGGUACCACCACGUUUGCCCGGUCAAGCGGUCCAGGAGGGCAACAUGUGAACAAGACUGAGAGCAAAGCUAUCACAACCUGGUCCAUCUCAGAGCUCAUGGGAGUCCUCCCAAAACUGCUGCAUUCUCCCCUUCGGUUGUCGAAGCACUACGUUAGGAACAAGGACGGCCUCGCCUUCCAUGCACAGACGUCACGGGAUAGGGACGCCAAUGCCGAGGAGAACAAGUCCAAGCUGCUUGAGGAGCUGUACAGGAUGUACAGCGACACCGUGCCUGGCGACACGAGCGCCGAGAAGAAACGAAAACACCAGGGCCUGGAGAAGUCGGCGCGUGAGGCGAGGCUCAAGUCGAAAAAAUUCCAGAGCUCCAAGAAGCAGGCUCGGAAGGGAGACUGCUAA